AAGAAAGAACAGACUUAAUAUUUUACUGAUCAAUUAGCACUAUAGAUAAUCAAGUGUUGUUCUGUAUAAAUCGUUAUUGCGAAAAAUAAUAUCAUAUAUUACUUGAAAGACUCUAGAAAGUAACAUUCAAAGGGAAAAAUAUUUCCUUUUUAUUUUUGCUGAUUCGUUCACCUCCUUUGCCGUUUAUCUGUCGUCGCAGACAGGCAAUCGCGAGCUAACACGAAGCGCAGUUGUCAAUAAUAUACAUUUGACACAUAUGACCGUCUACGCGGCAAUCAAAACAUGAUAGAAUAGCCGAGAAAAAUGUUGGAAAACUCUUGGGGUAUCUACAAUGUGCUUUGUGUGUUGAUUUCCUUCGUUUACGGACAUGAUUUUCGGCAUUUCGACGACACGGUUUUAUUUAAAAUAAACUGGCCCGGGAAAAGCGAUACGGAAUUAUUGGAGCCUCACUCAAAUGUGGAACCAUAUUUUAUAACUACGGCAAACAACGAGCGGUACAAAUGUGUAAUUCCAGAUGCAACUGAGCAGGAACAUGAAUACAGCGAAACGUACGAUGGACCGAACCCGAUACAGCUUCUGCAACCAAUAUUUGCUCAAAACAGUUGCUCCUAUAGACUAGAGUCAUACUGGACUUACGAAUUGUGCCAUGGUAGAUAUGUACGGCAAUAUCAUGAAGACAGAGAGGGAAAGAAAAUCAAGAUGCAAGAAUAUUAUCUUGGAACAUUGGACAAGGCACAAAAGGUGAAACUCUCGGCCUAUUAUGAUGAGCAGACAAAGAAUCCAAACAGGAAAUUAAAUAUACCUAUUAAGAAAAUUGAUGGGAUUAAUAUGCCAUAUGUCGAAAUUGAAAUGACCGAUGGUACAGUAUGUGAUUUAAAUAACAAGCCGAGAAUUAUCAAGGUACUAUAUGUAUGUUACAAGCAUGGGAAGCACGAUGUAUAUUCAUUAAAGGAGACCAUGUCUUGCGAAUAUGAGGCAAUUGUACUAUCACCAGUAUUAUGUAAUCAUCCUGAUUACAAACCACAAGACACUGGAGAAAAUCAGAUUACAUGCCAGCCUGUAGAUAACGCACCAAAGAAGCCAAAAUCACUAAUAGCAAUGGAACUUGAAAGUUUAAAAAUGAGACAUCAGCAAGCAAGGGAUGACAAGCAGCAGAAAGUGUUUGCAAUCCUCCAUGUAGAUAAGGAGGGCCAGGAUGGUGAACCAAGAGUAAGGGUAGAAAUACAUCCACUGGAUAUUCCGGAUAAGCAUGGCAAUAUUGAUGAAUCUAUUAGUGCAAUGCAGACUGACCAGAAUGUUAGUCCUGCUGAAGUUAGUCCUGUACAGAAUUUUUUGAGUGGAAAGAACUGCCUGCAUGGAGGCAACGGAUGGUGGAAGUAUGAAUUUUGUUAUGGGCGUUCUGUUGUUCAAUAUCAUAUAGAACGAGAUGGAACAAAAACGAUUGUUAAUCUUGGUAGAUUUGAUAAGCAAAAGCAUUUAGAAUGGAUUGCCACGAAUCCACACAAAAAGCCAAAACCAUUAGAAUUGAGAAAACAUCUUUCGCACUUCUACAGCGACGGCAGUAGUUGCGAUAAAACUGGAACUUCCAGACAAACCGAAGUAAAACUGAAAUGCGUGGAGAAUCAUACAGCAAGUCCAUCUAGUGUGUCAUUAUUUUUAUUGGAACCGAGAACGUGUGAAUACGUUCUAGGAGUCGAAUCACCGUUAAUCUGUGAUAUUUUAGAAUAUGCCGAUGAAAAUGGACUUUUAAGUGACAAGUUUGAAGCAAAUUUUGAUAAAUUAAAGUCUACGGCCUUGCACGCGGAACAGGAUUUAGAUGAACGAAUAGCUAAUGGAGAUGAUUAGGGCAAUUGAUUGAUUUUCUCGAUGUUAAUUAAAAAAGGCAUCAUUAAAGGCAUUAUGUUUUAAUAUCACAACUAUAAAAAUGUUUAUCAUUUAUUGAGUGUAAAAGUUGUGUUCUAUACAAAACAAUAAGAGAUUGAAAUUAGUUAAUUAGUCAAUUAUAUGUUUGGUAUUAUUGUAAAAAGACUUGCAUUCCAAACUAUCUAACAAUAUAAGUAUUUAAUAGUU